AUGACGUCGCUGCUUGGGAACGAUAGAGAUUUGAGGCUGAUCAGCCCCAAAAGUUUUGAGUGUGUGGAAAUCAAAAUCAUCAAAGAAGUAGACAAAAGCAGCUUAACUUUUACAAAGAUUUAUUCUGAAAUGGAUAAGUCUUGGAUAACUAAACAUCGGUUAUCUCAAGAUUACAUAAGUGGAGUCAAUCAGUUUUUGGAUUUUGCCUUUGCAAACAUGAAGACCUAUAUGAUCAAAUGUCCUUGUCAGCAUUGCUGCCUUGUUAGAUACAAGGUUAGGGUCGAGGUUGAGGGUGGUUUAUUCUAUCACGGUUUUCGGCCAACAUAUACAAAUUGGUAUUUGCAUGGUGAAGAGUUAGAUUCAAAUGGGGAGACAGUUAGAUUAGAGUCUGAAUCUCGUGUAGAUUAUACAGAAGACCUGAGUAUGAAUCUGCUUGAAGAUGUUUUCCCAAGUAUGAAUAAUAGUAUUGACGAUGACGAUGCUGCCAGUCCCACAGAGGAUCAUCCAAGCAGAAGGAGGCGCUUGAUGAUUUGCUAG